UGUGAGUGCAGGAAAAUGGCAGAGGCCAGUAUUUCAGUAGAUCAGGAUCAGUUCAGCUGUCCAGUGUGUCUGGAUCUCCUGAAUGAUCCAGUGGCUAUUCCCUGUGGUCACAGUUUCUGUAAGGUGUGUAUUAAUGGCUGCUGGGAUCAGGAGGAUGUGAAGGGCGUCUACAGCUGUCCUCAGUGUAGAGAGACUUUCACUCCAAGGCCUGUUCUACGCAGGAACAACAUGCUGGCUGAAGUGGUGGAGAAACUGAAGAAGACUGAACUCCAAGCUGCUUCUCCUGCUCACUGUUACGCUGGACCUGGAGAUGUGGAGUGUGAUUUCUGCACAGGGAGAAAACACAAAGCCGUCAAGUCCUGUCUGGUUUGUCAGGCCUCCUAUUGUGAAGAUCAUCUUAAACCUCACUAUCAGUCUCCUGCCUUUAAGAAGCACAAGUUAGUUGAAGCCUGUGCAGAGCUCCAAGAGAAGAUCUGCUCUGAACAUGACAAACUGGUGGAGAUCUACUGUCGUACUGACCAAAGCUUCAUCUGUUACUUGUGUACGAUGGAUCAACACAAAGGUCAUGAUACAGUUUCAGCUAAAGCAGAAAGAACUAAAAAACAGAAUGAGUUAAAGGAGGAUCAGAUAAAAUCCCAGCAGAGGAUCCAGGAGAAGCAGAAGAAGGUGCAGGAGCUGAAACAGACUGUGGACGUUAUUAAGAUACAUUCACAGGCAGCAGUAGAUGACGGUGAGAGGAUCUUUACUGAGAUGAUCAGCUCCAUGGAGAAAAAGCGCUCGGAGGUGACGGAGCUGAUCAGAGCUCAGGAGAAAGAUGAAGUGAGUCGAGCUGAACGACUCCUGAAUCAACUGGAGCAGGAGAUUACUGAUCUUCAGAGGAGAGUCACUGAGAUGGAGCAGCUUUCACACACACACGAUGACAUCCACUUCCUCCAGAGUUUCCCGUCUCUCUGUGUUUCUCCUGGAUGUGACGACUCACCCAGCUUCACUGUCAAUCAACAUCUCUCAUUUGAUGGAGUGAGGAAAUCUCUCUCAGAUCUGAAAAAACGAGUCGAACAAAUCUGUGAGGAGGAAUUCAACAAAAUCAGACCACAAGAUUUCUGUUAUCUGACUCUGGAUCCAAACACAGUACAUCCUGAAUUCAUUCUGUCUGAGAAGAACAGAGUGGUGAAAUGCAGUAAGACACAACAGCGAUACUCUGAUCAUCCAGAAAGAUUUGACUACUGGCCUCAGGUGUUGUGUAAGGAGAGUGUGUGUGGACGCUGUUACUGGGAGGUGGAGUGGAGCGGUGAUGUUGUGUACAUAUCAGUGUCAUAUAUAGAGAUCAGCAGGAAAGGAUGGGGUUAUGAGUGUGGGUUUGGAGGCAACAGUCAGUCCUGGAGUCUGCGGUGUUCUUCUUCAUCUGUCUCUUUCUGGCACAACAACAUUGAGACUGAGCUCCGAGGUCCAUCAUCCUCCAGAAUAGGAGUGUAUGUGGAUUACAGUGCAGGAACUCUGUCCUUCUACAGCGUCUCUAACACCAUGAGGCUCCUCCACAGAGUCCACACCACAUUCACUCAGCCUCUAUACCCUGGAUUCAGGAUGUGUAAUAUCUCAUCUGUGAGGUUUUGUGAUCCAAAAUUAAAAAGUGUUUAUAAAAACUAUAAGUGAGGUGUGAGAUUUAAUUUGUCCCUGAGCUACACUGGAUAUUUUGUGUGCAGAAACUGGAACAGUAAUGAAUGCAGAAUGUAGAAACAGACUAUUUAACUGUCUGCACUAUUAGGAUGGGUUUAUUAUAGUUGAUAUAAAAAUGUUCAAUGUCUCCUCAGAAAUAAUAAACUUUACUCAAACUG